AUGCUUGAAACCACCGCGUCAUUUGGCCUUAUGUUCUUCCUUUUCACGGUAGGCGUAAAGAUGGAUCCAGCCAUGAUGGUUCGCCCAGGGCGAACCGCCAUCCUCUUAGGUGUCUCAGCAAUGUUCAUUACAAUGGCGCUCACUGUCCCACUGUCCUUUGUAUUCAAGAAUUAUGUACCCAUGGAUGCUAGCCUUGUUAAGUCAUUUCCACUCAUAGCAGCAUCACAGUGUCUAACGCCUUUCCCAGACAUAGCCUACCUACUAACCGAGCUCAAAAUCGUCAACACAGACCUUGGACGCUUGGCCUUAUCUUCAGCCAUGUUCUGUGAUAUGCUUGGCAUUUCCUUGACAGCAGUAGGUUUUGCAGCCCUGCCAGUAAUUUUACAGAUUCUAAAACGAAAGCUGGAAGGGGAACCUGUGGGGGAGUCACUAAUUUCUACCAUUUUCGUCAUUGUUCUGAUAACUGGCUUCUUGAGUGAAACCAUUGGCCAGCACUACGUGCUCGGAUCAUUAGUGUUAGGCUUGGUGGUGCCGGAGGGGUCACCCUUAGGGGCAGAAUUGGUAUCGAAGCUUGAUUACCCCAUUUCAAAAGUGCUCUAUCCGACCUUUCUCACUGUCAGUGGCUUGAAAACAAAUAUAUUUAAGAUUGAUCUUCAAUCCUUAUGGAUUGUGGCGUUUUUCGCUCUCUUCUCCAGCCUGGUUAAGAUUGGAGCAAUGAUAUUGCCAGCACGAUAUAAUAAUAUACCGGUCCGAGAUGCUGUAGUGCUAGGGCUUAUGAUGAAUGCUCGAGGAAUUGUCGAGCUCGUUCUCUACAACUUAUGGCUGGAUGCUCAGAUUCUGACAGAUCAAGAGUUUGCUCUUGUCGUUCUCUCAGUGAUCGGAACCACCGCCAUUCGUGUGACGGCGCUACGAAUAUUGGUCUGCAUCCAAAACCAAGAUAAUGUCCCUUCAAUUGUAAACCUUUUAGAAGCUUCAAAUGCUACAAAAGAAAGUCCCAUUGCAGUCAUAGCAGUCCUUCUCGUCAAGCUCGUUGGCCGUACCACCCCUAUACUAAUCGCUCAUCAGCCACAACGAACCCUCGAAUCAAGUACCUCUAGAUCAAGCCAUAUCAUCAAUGCCUUGCGCCACUAUGAGCUCUACAACGAAACAUGUGUCACUGUUCAAUCAUUCAGUGCCAUCUUACACUUCGAAACGAUGCACGAAGAUGUUUGUCGGGUGGCGCUGGACCAGAAUGCCAACAUUGUGAUAAUGCCAUUCCAUAAGAAUUGGACGAUUGAUGGCUCCAUUGGUUCAAUAAACCGCGCAAUGCAAGGCCUGAACCUCAAGGUCCUUGACAAGGCACCAUGCUCGGUGGGCAUACUCGUCGAUCGGGGAAUUCUAUGCGGAUCAUUGUCCAUCUUAAACAAUCAAUCCGUAUACAAUGUUGCUGUGAUCUACAUUGGUGGCGCAGAUGAUGCAGAGUCACUAUGCUAUGGCUCUCGAAUGGUGAGACAUCGACAUGUUACUCUAACAGUCAUUCGUUUCCUUCUCUUUGGAUGCCAUAAUGCAAGAGAACGGAAGCUAGACAACGAUUUCAUCAGUGCAAUCCGGCAGGCUAACACCGGAAAUGAUCGUUUUGUAUAUCAAGAGGAGGUUGUGAGAGAUGGGGUAGGACUAGCUGCAUCUUUGGAUGCAUGGAGCGAGUGCCGGGAACUUGGCAUUAUCGGAGAUAUGCUAGCCUCACCGGAUUUCGGAAUCACGGCGUCAGUGUUGGUGGUGCAACAACAAAAAGUGGGUGGAAAGAUAAUUAAUCCGACAAUGAAACCAGUGAUUCAUAAUCAGAAUACACCACGCCAUGGCACAUCAGCAACUUUAGGUUCUAGUAACAAUAGAACAUGGGCCAUCUCAAUGGAUAGAACUCUUUAG